AUGCCGCACCGACCAACCAAGGAUGAGCUGCUCGAGGCCGCCAAUGGUUUUUGGCAGCGACUCAAGGUCCGUCUAAAAUGGAUAUCGAUCAGGAGUAUGAGGCCAUGGAAUAUCGACGAAUGGGGUGCUUUUGUGUCAUGGUUCCUUUUCGGCCACCUCGCUUGGAUUAUUGUCGGAACAACAACGUUCGUCUCGUUGAUCAUUUUGUCCAUCAACACUGUGGUAGCCCAAGAAACACUCGCUCAAUGGGUAGGUGAUUAUCUGACUCAGUCCGCCGGUGUUACCAUUGUCUUCGAGUCAGCCAUCGUUCCCAAGUGGCGGGACAAUGUUAUCUCCUUCCGCAAUGUGUUUGUCUCGCGACGGCCUGGUCAGGGCAAUGUCUCGUCCGUGAGCAAGGGCUCGUCAGAUGCCGCCGCCGAGGCCGCCGCUGGCCGCAAAGCCGAAGCGCCUGAAGUUGAGGACGAUGGGAAUUACACUCAGUUUGAUGUUACGCUAUCAACAGUCAACGUUACACUUUCAUUUUUGAACUGGUGGAACGGAAAAGGCUUGCUCAAGGAUGUCGAGAUCAAAGGCGUUCGCGGUGUUCUUGACAGGACUUCGGUAACCUGGCCCGUCGAAGAGGUUGAUCCAUUAUCGUACCGCCAUAAACACCAGCCGGGAGACUUCGAAAUCGAAAAGUUCAAGAUGGAGGAUCUUCUCCUUACGGUCCAUCAGCCGGGUGGGUUUAGGCCAUUUUCUAUCAGUAUAUUCUCUUGCGAGUUGCCUCAACUUCGAAAACAGUGGCUCUUCUACGAUUUCCUCUCCGCCAACCACAUGUCAGGGUCUUUCGAUGGCUCCCUGUUUACAAUCCAUCCCCGACAGGUCCAUGGCGUGGUACCUAGCGGUAAUGGCGAUCCAGAAGCCUCUGUUGGCUUUGGCGACCCUAAGGCUUGGAAGAAAUUUAGCCGGCUUCGUAUCGAUGGCUUGAGGAUAGACCACCUCAACCGCGGCGUGGAGGGUCCAUUUGGCUGGAUUUAUGAGGGAAAUGUUGACAUUGUCGCUGAUGUCAUGUUCCCUGCCGACACCGACGAGAGUAUUACUAAGGUUAUGGCCGACUUCUACGACCAGCUCGAAGAGAUCGUCGACACAAACAGACAUCGAUUUAUUCGCAACAUACAAGAACAGGGGCCUGCGCUUCUUACAUCAGGACACCUUUCAGCCUUUACCAGAGAUGUGUCCAGUGACGAGCCUGUCGAGGAGCCACAAACAAGCGAUGAUGAGCGUCGAUACCUAAUCAUGGACCUGCGGAUUUCCAUGAACGACGUCAAAGCAGCAGUGCCUCUUUUCACAAAGGAUAUGUCCUAUGUCAACCAGGCGUUGGUCCGACCUAUCGUGGCGUAUAUUAACGCCAAGAAGACGUACAUCCCGAUCAACUGCCGCAUCGUGAAGCGAGCUGGCGAUUUUGAUGGCAGCUGGUCCAUCUUUGACUGUGGCCUCAUGAACGAUAUGUCAGCAGAAACAUACGAUGCGUUCGCAAACGAUGUUGAAAACCAGCAGAGCCGUGUCCGGCGCUUUAAGAAGGUCGGUUUUUGGACCUUGUCGGUUGCUGUCCAUGCCCUCUUCAUGGGCAUGGCAGGUAACGUAGUGUGA